AUAUAUAAAUGGUUCAGUAUUUGUAGGUACCUUAACAGUGUAAGUCGCUUUGGAGAAAAGCAGCUAAACAAAUAAAUGUAUCGACAAUGAAAAAAAAAGUGUGGUUUCUUUACUUUAGAUUUCCUGCACCAAGCUGUGUUACUCGGAAGAGACUUGUCUUGAUGCAAGUUCUGAGUUGCGGGCGAGGUGGGAGUGAACGCCUAGGCCCUUCUUCGACUGCCCCCCACACAGGAACUGUGACUCAUUUGUAUGGCAGAAAGAUGAACCUCAGCAUGUCAGAGAGGCGCAGUCCACGCUGCUAAUACUGCCUACGGCACAGAGCAGUAACCACCAAACACCAGAAAACGCUGAGAUAAAAAUGUCGGGUACCCUAACCAGGUCACACCUCUACAGGGUUAUUUCUAGGCUGGUUUGAGGUGCCCGUUUGCAUUUUAUUUCUCUGCGCUUUGACCCCACUCUGCCGGUCCACCCAGCGCCUUUCAGCUCCUCUGAAACUCUAUUUGUGUGUGUACUGCUGGUGGAGCAGACCGAUGGCAUAUGAAGCUCCAACCGGGGAACCCAAAACCUGCUUCUUACAGCUGACCGUGUGGCACAUGUCUUAUCUUCAAUGUGAUCAGUGAGUUUUUUCUCAUGAAACAAACCCGAUGCAGAGGGAACAAGGAAGUCAUGUGAUUGCAAGAAUAGACACCCUAAACGCCCCGCAGCUUUUUCGUUCAGAAGAAGCAUUCUGAUGGUUCUGUGCGUCUGUAGAGGAAAGAGACCACUUCGCUAUGAAGGUCAACUGUAGCUUCUUCUCCAGAGUCACCAUGUUGUGCUGUCUCUCCUUCUGCUGCAAAGACAGUGAAAGUGCUGGACAGGCUGUGAAAGCUGUAGGUGGAGAGAAUGUCACUCUACCCUGUUCCUACAAUGUGGAGAAAUACGGAAUGUUACAUAUAUGUUGGGGAAGAGGAGAGCUAUCCUACUCUAAAUGCUUUAAUACAAUCAUUUCUACUGAUGGACUCAAAGUGACCCACAGACAGUCGGACAGGUACCAGUUACUGAGUGGACUGAGCACAGGCAACAUCUCACUGACCAUCAUCAACGUUAGAGAGGACGACUCGGGGACCUAUGGAUGCAGACUGGAAAUACCCGGACCGUUAAAUGACCAAAAACACCACAUCGUUUUGACAGUUGAACAAGCCCCCACUGCGACAACACCUCCUUUUACAACAGUGACCACCACUAGUGAGUGUACAGCUGCCUCUGCGAACAGCUCUGCUUCGCACGACGUUUUCACCUCGUCGGGACAGAGCACGGCUCUAUCAAGAGAAGCUGCCAACAGAGAUGCUGCCUUGUGUGCAGUAAUGGUUUCUUUUCUGCUGGCAGGAGUUUUCCUCGCUGCUUUUGUUGUCUUUAUGUGCAAAAUGCGGAUGAAUAGCAAGGCUCAGAGUGGCACCUGCCCCACGGUUUCUCAUCACUGUGAUCGCACCAAUGGACUGCAUAGCAGAGACGUGGCAAUGGAGAACAUCUACGAGACUGAAGAAUGACAACUGUAAAAAUGUGUGUUUUCCAUAAUGUUCUCGGGUUUAAAUUUUCACACUUACGCAUAGAGACUCACACACUUGUACGCUACGUUUUUCGACGAUAUCAGUGGAGAAUUGCUUCAUUUGAAUAAAUAUUUAUUGUAAGAUUUUAGGGGGCGCGGAGGCGCAGCGGG